AUGACCGCUGCCGUUGCCGCUGCUGCUGACCGCCGCCCCUUCGACGUGCUCCACAGCCCCGAUGAGCCCGACCCGCGUUUCCUGUCUGGCGGACACCCUGAAGCGCCCCGGCGAGUCAAUUCGCGGCACUCGGCGCGCUCGCAGCGGUGUGCCUCGCAGCCGCCGCCGUCGUCCGCCGCCGACGCCGCCAGUGCCGACCCGGACGUGGACCUCGCGGAGGAGCUCGCCUGGGGGCCGGCGCACCCGUGCUAUCCGCACCUCAACCCGCACGUCGCCGUGCAGUCCGCCGCCUAUGCCCAGACGCGCAUCAUCCGCAUCCGCCGCGACUGGAUGAUCAAGGGCGACCUGGCGCCGACCUUCUCCAACCUGUACCCGGAGAUCCUCGACCCGCUGCUGCCCGAGCCCGAGUUCCGCAAGCUCAUCGCGCGCAUCAACGACGAGAUCGUCGCCGCCUACUCGCCCUUCGGCCUGCGCAACUGGCUCGACGCCGCCCUCGGCUUCCUGACCGGCUGGCUCUGGGACGACCUGGGCCUGACCCGCGUCAAGGCCCGCCUGCGCGCCCUCGAGGCCUGGAUCGUGCGCUGGAACACCGAGGUCGGCGCCGCCGAGGGCGUCAAGAUCUGGCCGCUGCGCUCCACCGGCUAUACCUCGCUGGAUAUCCAGAUUCCCGACCCCAAAGUCGGCAUCGUCGGCAGUGAGAAUGCGUCGCUGCGGAACAUGGUGGUCGAUGCCCACGGUGCCCGGAUGGACGAGUCGUCGCACGUUGUUCGAGUCACGUCGCCGGAGAAUUAA